UUCGUGAAAGAGAUCGGUCGUCAAAAAUAUUUUGUAAUAUUGAUAUAAUGUCUUCAUAGUUCUAAGAUUUUAUUUAACGUGACGCUAGUUCUUUAAAUAAUUCGUGUUUUACAUGUAUACACGAAAUGGACCAAGAUAUGUAUUAUUAUACGGACGCGAUAUUUCAACUGGAGAUAAAUCUUCAUAACGUCAGAAAAGAAUUGAUAUCAAUGCUCGAUUACUUCGAACAAGCGGACUGCUUGGAAUGUUAUCAACUAAAAUGCAAAUGCAUAAAUAAAACCAAAUCUGAAAGCGGAAAAAGUGAUGCGAUUUUAAUUGAUUCCGUCGAUAAGGAAGAAACAAAAGCGCCUCCAGCUGCUUCGUUGCCAAAACCGAAAUUCGAUGUACCGAGCGACGAAGAGAGUCCCGGGCCUUCGACACCAGAGAAAGUAACGCAAGAUAUAGAAGCUUGGAUUGACGCGUCGAAGGAGGUCGAAGAUGGGGAAGAACACGUGAUCGUUAAAGAGACCCCCCUACUCUCCUUAACCGAAAAUCUCCUUCUGGUCGAUAAGCAGAAGAAACCACAAGUGGCAAUCAAUUACGUGAGCAACGGAAGUGUGGUCGAAGCAUUUUUCAAAUAUUUCAAAGUACCAUCGAACACCGCUGUGACUUACGUGUCUGCGAAGUUAGCAGCGGCUUGCAGCAACUCCGUUAAACAAAAUUACACGUACUUUUAAUGUAGCCGCUAAGAGCGGUCCCUCGCUCUCAUUUGCCUGUUAUGUAAUAGCUUAGAAUCGAGCAUAUAAUAAUUGAGUGAGAAAAACCGAGCAUUACAGCGUAACCUGUAAUGGU